AGUUGCAGUUAGCCAUGGCUUCCAAUGCAGCUCUGGCUUCCACAAGAAUCCCCACCAUCACCAGGCUUCCCUCCAAGACCUCCCCCUCCCUCUCUUUCCCUUCCCAAUGCGCCACCAAGAGAUUGGACAUAGCAGAAUUCUCCGGGCUCCGAUCCAGCGGGAGUGUCACCUAUGCCAAGUAUGUCAGGGACUCGUCCUUCUUCGAUGCUGUGUCUGCCCAAUUUACUCCCAAGGCUGCAGGUGCUGUAACAGGCCCUGUUAAGGUAGAGACUGUUGCCAAAUUGAAGGUAGCAAUCAACGGAUUUGGACGUAUUGGUCGGAAUUUUCUUCGAUGCUGGCACGGCCGCGAAGACUCCCCACUCGAAGUCAUCGUCGUCAAUGACAGUGGCGGUGUCAAGAACGCUUCUCACUUGCUCAAGUAUGAUUCGAUGUUGGGUACCUUCAAAGCCGAUGUUAAGAUUGUCGAUAACGAGACAAUCAGUGUUGACGGAAAGCUGAUUAAGGUUGUUUCCAGCCGUGACCCUCUCAAGCUUCCGUGGGCUGAACUAGGCAUCGACAUUGUUAUCGAGGGAACUGGGGUGUUCGUGGACGGGCCUGGUGCGGGCAAGCACAUCCAAGCCGGUGCCAAGAAAGUCAUCAUCACUGCACCCGCAAAAGGUGCCGAUAUUCCGACAUAUGUUAUUGGUGUUAACGAGAAGGACUAUGACCAUGACGUUGCCAACAUCGUCAGCAAUGCAUCUUGCACCACCAACUGCUUGGCUCCAUUCGUGAAGGUCAUGGACGAAGAAUUCACUAUCGUGAAGGGGACAAUGACUACAACUCACUCCUACACCGGUGACCAGAGGCUAUUGGAUGCUUCACACCGGGACUUGAGGAGGGCUAGAGCUGCAGCAUUGAACAUAGUCCCGACAAGCACCGGUGCCGCCAAGGCUGUGUCGUUGGUCCUGCCCCAGCUCAAGGGCAAGCUCAACGGCAUAGCGCUUCGUGUCCCAACCCCUAACGUCUCCGUUGUUGACCUUGUGGUCAACGUUGCCAAGAAGGGCAUGACGGCCGAGGACGUAAAUGCCGCUUUCCGGAAAGCUGCCGACGGUCCAUUGAACGGAAUCUUGGCCGUUUGCGACGAGCCGCUCGUGUCGGUUGACUUUAGGUGCUCUGAUGUCUCGUCCACUAUCGACUCGUCGUUGACGAUGGUGAUGGGCGAUGACAUGAUUAAGGUUGUCGCUUGGUACGACAACGAAUGGGGAUACAGCCAACGUGUCGUUGAUUUGGCGCAUCUAGUGGCGAGCAAAUGGCCCGGGGCUGCAUCGACGGGAAGCGGAGAUCCGUUGGAGGAUUUCUGCAAGACGAACCCGGCUGAAGAGGAGUGCAAAGUUUACGAAGCUUGAUUUUUUUUUUUGUUUCACAAAUCAUAAUAUUUUCUUCUCUUCGGAGGUUGCCAAAAAUGACGUCCAUCGUUUGGUGAUUUGUUUUGUAUAAUUAAGCAUUCAAACGACCAUAAAAAUUUAUAUUAAAUUUAUAUUUCAUGCCGA